AUGUCUGCUGCCUUGACAACUAACGGUCUCGAUCUUGUUAAGCAAUUCCCAGACGACCAAAUCAACGCUUUCGAAUCCAUCGUCGACAAGCGCAUCGCCGAGUUCAUCAACCUCCUCGAGCGCAAGUACAUUUCUGCUCCAACCGAAUACAGCCCCAUCGAAUUCUCCCAUCGUUGUCAGUCCCUCGCCCUUGAUGUUAUCAGUGACGUAGGCUUUGGUGAUGUCGCGGGUUUCUUCAAGAAUGACAGCGGCACGGAGAACCGCGUUGACACUGUCAAAGAUGGUUUCUUCCCGAUUUCGAUCCAGACGCUGAAUAUGGCUUGGUUGAUUGGCCGCUCGCUGUCCUUGAAAAGGGCUUUCUUUACCACUGGUCCGGUCAGCAAUGGCACAAUGACCUCUCACAUCCAGGACUCCAAUUGCAACGGGACGCCGAAGGAAGUCUGCACAGAACUUAUCACCAAUCCAGCCUCCACCACAGCCGCUAUCCGCACCACCAUCCUCUGCCUCCUAACAAACCCCACCGCCCUCUCUAAACUCCGCGCCGAAAUCGACUCCGGCCUCGCCCUCGAUGCCAUCAGCACCCCCAUCAUCCGCGACGCUGAAGCUGCCACCUGCCCUACCUCCAGGCCAUCAUCAAGGAAGGUCUCCGGAUGUACCCCCCUCCUUGCGCUACACUCGGCUCCUACAAGGAAGUGGCUGGGUGGUGGUAGGAAGGUUGAGGAGAUGAGCGCCGUUUUGGAUUUGGCGUUUGGGGGUGGUGAGGUUGAGUGUGUUGGGAGGACCGUUGCGUUUAUGGAGCUGAACAAGGUCUUUGUCGAGUUGUUCAAGCGGUUUGAUUUUACGAUUGAGAACGCGCCAAUGACACUUAGGGAUACGGUGUGUUGCGUUACGGAGGACUUUAAGCUGAGGGCUACUCACCGAGUUCGUGCUUGA